ACUUGGAACACCGAGGUUAUGCGCCUUUUACAAGUUUUAUAAAAAUGCUGAUAUAAUUAAAUAUUAUUUUUUGCUACCCUAACACAAUGACUUUUAACAUUCGUUAGUUUUAUAAUUCUUCAUUGUACAGUACUACAAAAUCCGUAUGAAAAAUUGAAAUUCGGUCCUCCAAGUAAACAAUAUCUUCUUUCCUCUAGGACUCUCAAAACAAAAUCUCAGCCAGGAAUAGGACUGCUUAGUGCUUCCUUCCCUCCUAGAGUGUUAUUUUUACAUUGAGGCUGAUUUUUAUUUGUGAAGGUGUACAGUCUGCAGGUGUUGAGUGAUUUGUUCAUGUUUGGCCUCAGUAAUUUGGUAUGGGUUGGUUGAGUCAUUAGCCCAUUUAUUUGUUAACAUUUCCUGCUCACAUUUUAAAUAUUAAUCACCUAAUAUGAACUUGUGUACAACUUUCAACUUCGGUAUUUAUCCUCAUUUUUGAAGAAAUAUGAAUUGCUGACAACAUUUUUGUAAAAAUAUUAGAUUACAAAGUCACUUCAUUUCCCAGUUUUAUUUGCAAAUAGAUGGGUCUAUUAUGAAACACAAAACAAAAAAUAACUGUAAUUCCUCUGUGAGAAAAGGUCAGAUUUUGUUAAAAGAAUCUCCAUUUGUGUAUGGAUUGAAGUCAAGCUUAAGAUAUGAGCGCUGCGAUUUUUGUUUCUCAAGUACUCAAGUUUUGAAAUGCACUGCUUGCAAGUAUGUUUCUUACUGCAAUAGGGUUUGCCAAACAAAUGGAUGGGAAGUUCAUAGAGAUGAAUGCCAAAAUCUCAAAAAAAUAUCACCCCGUGUUGUUCCUGAUGCAGCAAGAAUAUUGGCACGUCUUGUUUUCAAACUUAAGAGAGGAGGAGGUACACAACGUGGGUUUUAUACAAAAACAAACUUUCGUGUGUUUAAAGAUUUAAUGUCUCAUUAUUCCGACAUAAAGGAAGACAAAAAACGAAUGGAACAUUUUACAUCCCUGUACAAUGUGCUAGUGGAUUUCAUUGGCGAGGACAAUGUUCCUAACUCGGCCGAGCUCUUAGGUAUUUAUGGUAGGUUGGUUGUGAAUGGAUUCAACAUUCUGGAUCCUGAGAUGAUGACUAUCGGGACAGGAAUCUAUCUUGGGGUUUCCAUCAUUGAUCACUCUUGUGAUCCAACGGCCGUUGCUGUGUUCAGCGGAACUACGAUACUUGUACGUUCACUGGUCGACAUGCCAGAGCUUGAUUGGUCCAAGGUUUUUAUAUCCUACAUUGAGCUUCUGAACAGUCCAGAAGAGAGGCAGCAGGAGCUGUUAGCCACAUACUACUUCCUCUGCCAAUGUGCUCGAUGUUUGGACGUUGAAGAGGUGAAAUUGAAUAAUUCCAUGGUCUGUCCCAACAGUAGCUGCGGCAGUAGCGUCCCAGUGCCUUCCAAGAAAUCUGAAGAUGAAGAAAUAUCUUCUUUUGGCUGUUCAAAGUGUAAAGAAAAUGUAAAACCUGAACUCUACAGGAGGUUUUUAGAAGUGAGCGAGUUUGUAGGCCUUCAGCUUGAAAACAUGAAAACCUUUUCCUAUUUGGAUGUUGCUAAAACAUGUUUGGAAAAGCAAGGAGAGAUGUUUCACCCCCUAAACCUUCAGAGAGUCAAGGUUUUGGACGCUGCGUUUGAAAGUAGUAUCUCUGUCAACCAGUGGUCUGACGCGAGAGAAUUUGGUAAACUACUACUGCCUGGAUACAGGAGGUACUACGGGGAACUUCACCCGUUGACAGGAAUACUACAGCUAAAGCUGGGCAAGAUCUGUGUGUUCCUGAAUCACUGUGAUGAGGCUAGACAGUUCCUACGAGCAGCGGAGAGUGUUCUGAGUGUGACUCAUGGACGAGAACACUCUCUGUACACAGAACACUUACUGCCGCUGCUGAUGCAGUCUCAGUGAAUAAAACAUCUACAGAG